CCCUACCGUUCCAAUAAGAUGAUGCGAAUUGUCAGUCAGUGCAAUAUAAGGCGGCUGACCUGUUUCCGUAGAUAUUUUCAGUUUUCUCCCGAUUUAAGUCCCAAUUCAAGCCGGAUACACAUAAAAUUACCAAAUCUUCAAAACCCCUUCCUCACAGAAUCUUCUAUAUUUUCUACUAGGUCGGCAACAACGAGAAGCCUCAGUAAUAGUUUGUCUACGAUGGUGUCUGGAGCGAAGUUCGAGUAUCCAGAAGCGCGUAAAGAUGAGACGAUAUUCGAUGAUUACCAUGGGACAAAGGUUCCAGAUGUUUACCGAUGGCUCGAGGAUCCCGACGCGCCGGAAACUCAGGCAUAUGUGGAGGAACAGAAUAAAAUAAGUCGACCGUAUUUGGAUGGAUGCGACGAGUGGCAGAAGAUUAAUAAGAAGCUGACAAAGCUUUGGAAUUAUCCGAAAUACUAUGUUCCGGCACGUCAUGGCGAUCGAUAUUUUUUCUAUAAAAAUACGGGAUUGCAGAAUCAAAACGUUCUCUACGAGCAAACAACAUUGGACGCCGAGCCCACUGUGUUUCUCGACCCGAACACUCUAUCCGCAGACGGGACCAUUGCCUUAACACAAGCGUCAUUCUCGGAUGAUGGGAAGUAUUUCGCGUAUGGGUUAAGUGAGAGUGGCUCGGAUUGGAUAAAGAUCCGAGUACGGAAUGUAGAGACGAAGGAGGACUAUCCGGAGACGCUUAACAAAGUGAAAUUCUCGUCGAUAGCGUGGACAAAAGACAAUAAGGGCUUCUUCUAUGGAAUGUAUCCCGACCAAACUGGCAAAACUGAUGGUUCUGAAACUAAAUCAAAUGAAAACCAAAAACUAUUUUAUCACGUAGUCGGCGAUCCACAAGAAAAAGAUGUUUUGGUUGCCGAAUUUCCAGAGGAGCCAAAUUGGCGAAUUAUGGGCGAAGUAUCAGAUUGCGGAAAGUACAUCAUUCUAAGUGUGGUGAAAGACUGUCGUGACAAUAUUGUAUUCUAUGCAAAUUUGGAAGAUAGUAAAAACGGCAUUACAGGAAAACUUGAUAUUCAUCCAGUUGUUAAGAAAUUCGAAGCCGAUUACGAAUUUAUAGCAAAUAACGGGACCAGAGCAGUAUUUCGUACAAAUAAAGAUGCCCCCAACUACCGUCUUAUAGUGAUUGAUUUGGCCUCCCCAGCGGAGGAGAAUUGGCAGACACUCGUGAAAGAACAUGAGACAGAUGUGUUGGACUGGACCACAUGCGCUCACCAGGAUAAACUGAUUCUCGGCUACAUUCAUGAUGUCAAGAGCGUCAUGCAAAUCCAUUCCCUAGAAACUGGUGAAUUUAUUCGAAGUCUACCCUUAGAUAUCGGCGCAGUCGAUCGUAUCAGCGCCGAUCGAAAGUACUCAGAAAUAUUUUACAAUUUCGUAUCAUUCUUGAUUCCUGGAUCAAUUCAUAAAUUCGACAUGACUGAUCUUGAUUCAGAGCCGCAACUGAUACGAGAAGUUAAAUUGAAUUUAGAUGGUUUCGAUAAAGACAAAUACGUAGUUGAUCAGGUGUUCUACGAGAGCACAGAUAACACGAAGAUCCCAAUGUUUAUAAUCCGAAAGAAAUUGGAUGGUCCCCUGAAACCACGCCCGUGUCUUUUAUAUGGCUAUGGUGGCUUCAAUAUUAGUCUGCAGCCCUGCUUUAGUCUAACUGGUUUGAUGUUUAUCGAUACAUUUGAUGGGGUGCUUGCCUUUCCAAAUAUUCGAGGCGGGGGCGAGUACGGAGAGAAAUGGCAUAACGCUGGACGGUUGCUGAACAAACAGAAUGUAUUCGAAGAUUUUCAAUCGGCUGCAAAGUUUUUGAUAGACAACAGUUACACUGCAAAAAAUAAACUUGUUAUUCAAGGGGGUUCGAAUGGCGGUUUACUAGUCGGAGCCUGCAUCAAUCAACGUCCUGAUUUGUUUGGAGCGGCUGUCGCUCAAGUGGGGGUAAUGGAUAUGUUACGAUUCCACAAGUUCACCAUUGGACAUGCAUGGUGUUCAGACUACGGUAAUCCGAGUGAAGAGCAGCACUUCAAGAAUUUGUACAAAUAUUCACCACUUCAUAAUGUCCACACACCGCAAAACGAGAAAGAAGAAUAUCCAGCUACACUAAUUUUGACCGCUGACCACGAUGAUCGGGUGAGUCCAUUGCAUUCGCUGAAGUUCGUCGCCGCACUUCAUGAUGCUGUACGAAAAUCCACGUAUCAAAAGAAUCCAAUAUUACUACGAGUGUAUAGCAAAGCUGGUCAUGGUGCUGGAAAACCAACAACAAAGAAGAUUGAGGAAGCCACAGAUAUUUUAACAUUUUGCUUUAAAUCUCUCGACGUUGAUGUUGUGAAUCUCUAAGCCAAAUAAAGAAAACAGUUUUUUUGUACCCGACUUCGGAUUUUUCGCGUGCCAGUUACUACAAAUUUUCAUUUUAAACAAAUUGUUUUUUUUUUAUUGUUACACUACCCAUAGAUAUUAAAUGAAAUGCAAGAUGCUUACGAUUUUAUACAGAUACCUUCUAGUUAUUCUAAAAUAGUCAUUGAUUCGAUUGUAUUGUAUUGAUAUUCUGUAUUUAUACAAAUUCAAAUAUUGUCAUUGAGGGGAGUAAAUAAAAAUGCGAUGGUAAUAUUGAA